CUCCAAUUUCAAUUCAACCCAAUUGCCCACUAGUCGCCAAAAAGGUCCACUAGCUUUCAAAGAGGUUUAGCUCCAAGCGCAACUCGAGGGCUUAGGUAUAUAAAAUUCUUCUAUCCUUGUUUUUACACCUUCUUCUUCCACCAUCAGACAACAAUACUUGAAAAAUUUGUCAUUCAAUUCGAUACACUCCAUUCAUCAGCGACUUAACACUUAAUGCUAACAAUCAACAAAUACCUCCCGAACACCUCCCCCUUCACAUUUCUCGCGCAAUAACAGCUCACGAUCGCAAUUUCCAUCACCAUCGCCUUGAUCAUCAAGAUGGAUUAUCGAAAGGCUCUUGUCACGACCCAACAGGAACGAGAUACCGAGAAAGCACGAAUCGAUGCUGAGAAAUCCCGCGUUGAGGCCGAGAAGGCGCGUAUCGCAUUGGAGAUUCACACCGCUUUGGAAGCUAAGAACAUUUUGAAAGUGUCGAGAGAUACUCCUGGAAACACGUAUUGGCCCGAGUUCUUCCCUGGUUAUUAUGUGGAUGAGAAGGUAGAAUUGACGGUCGAGAUCUUGACAGAGCCAACUUCGGAGCAGGCCCGGCUCAUUGCUCUCGGUGAGAGAACUCUGCCAUUCACCUUCGAUUCAGAGUUCGGAACACAAAUUGGAUGCGAUGUCAUGAGCCGCGGACAAGGAAAUGAUAAAUUCUACCAGAUCAUAAACCGUAUUAACACAACCGUCGUCCGCUUCACGGGACUUGCUCUGCUGCAAGUCUGUAAGCAGAUAUCGGCCGAGUGCAGUCAGAUCCUGUACGGAGAGAACUCGUUCGUGUUCAACACUGGCACUGAGACCACUAUGCGAUACACGGGCCUGCAUGAGCAUGAUGAACUUGAACAUUUUCCCCAUUGGAUCCCCGGAAUGCCAAGAGAGAACGGCUAUCCUCGAACUUCAAAUCAAUUCAACAAUGCGAUGAAUCGCAUGUUCGACCGCGAUGGCUUCCUCCCGAAAUUUGUAGCCAGAAACCCAAUGCUGCAAUUCUUCCACCGAAUUGGACCAGUCAAUACCUUGUUGUUGACCAAGAUCAAGGUCGAGGGCCAAAUGAAGACAUUGUACAAUCAUCUUCCCGAGGAGUCGGAAUCAGAUAGAUCUCUCGGAUUUGCCAGAUUCCUGCCCAUCCUCACAACGGUCCUCAAGGAAGCCUGUCCGAAUCUGAGAGAGCUCACAUUGUAUAUCGAGGAUAAGAAAUUCCAUUUUGACUACAAGGAGUCCAGAUUGUGGGACAAUGAUCCAUACAACAAGAGUCGCAAGUCAGACGAAGAUCGUAUCGAUGAGGUUGUCGAGAGAGUCGUAACUACAUUGGACUCUUUGCCAAGUCUGAACUUGAUGCCACAUCACUGCUACGAUGGCUGGGAUAAUAGUACCGGCUUCGUGUCCAGAGAUACAUUUGUGGACGAGUGGGAGAAGUCUGUCAAGUGGAUGAAAUAUGUCAAUCAAAGAGCGAGAACACAACAGAUCAAGAGAGCUGGGGAAGUCGGAAUCGCAACUGCCUUGGGUCAGAUUGUGAUACAAACGACUGUUGAGAGUACAGCACCCACUCUGCACGCUCAACAAGCAAGUGUUUCCAACUCGGGUCAUACAAACCACUCUUCAGGACCAUCGGGAUCAAGCUCGAGAGGCAAUGGAAGAGGCAGGGGUCAAGGACGUGGAGGACGAGGACGAGGGGGCCGAGCAAGAGGUCGUGGCGGAAGAGGCGGAAGAGACACUUCGCAUUAGGUGUUGUACGACAGUAUUGAUUUUGGA